UCCGCCCCUUCCUCCUUCCCCUCCCUCACUCUCCCGCCGGAGAGCUGGCUGGGCCGAGCGCCCGGAGAGGGCCGAGGGGCGGGGGAACCACCGGGCCCCGCGUCCCUCCUCCACACCGCAGCGCCCGGCGGCCCCCGCGGGUCCGUGGGUGAGCGGCGGCAGGAGGCGCCAUGGCCGACAGGGCGCGGGCGGCGCUCUGCGAGGCGGGCUGGUAUCUUUCAGAUGAAGGAAUUGAAGCUUGCAUAAGUUCCUCUGAAAAAGUUAAUACAAAUGACAUUAUCCUAGUUGCCCUUAAUACAGAUUUAAGAACGAUUGGCAAAAAAUUCCUGCCCAGUGACAUCAAUGGUGGAAAGGUGGAAAAGCUGGAAGGGCCAUGUGUUCUGCAAAUACAGAAAAUACGCAAUGUUGCUGCACCAAAGGAUAACGAAGAAUCUCAGGCUGCUCCCAGAAUGUUACGUUUACAGAUGACUGAUGGACACACGAGCUGCACAGCUGUAGAAUACAGUAGCAUGUCAAAAAUAAGCUUGAACACUCCACCUGGAACAAAAAUUAAGCUUUCAGGAAUUGUUGAAGUGAGAAAUGGAUUCUUGCUGUUGGAUGACAGUAACACAGCAGUUCUCGGAGGUGAAGUGGAGCAUCUUAUAGAAAAGUGGGAAUUACAAAGGAGUUUAGCAAAACACAAUAGAAGUAACAUUGGAACAGAAGGUGGCCCUCCCCCUUUUGUGCCUUUUGGGCAGAAAUGUGCAUCUCACGUGCAAGUGGACAGCAAAGAGCUUGAUCGCAGAAAGACUCUGCAAAUGACAAAUACUGUAAAAACUGUUGUGGACAAUGAUGAAUUUGAAAAGCAAAGAACAGCUGCUAUCGCAGAAGUAACAAAGAGCAAAGAGACCAAGACCUUUGGAGGAGGUGGUGGUAGUAGCAGAAGUAAUCUCAGUGUGAGUGCUGGAGGGAAUCGAAACAGGGAACUGUUCCAGAAGGAGAAAAUAACAAAACCUGAGGGAAAGAAUGAAGGUGUCUACCGAGAACUGGUUGAUGAAAAGGCUCUAAAACACAUAACAGAGAUGGGUUUCAGCAAAGAAGCAGCAAGACAGGCACUUAUGGAUAACAGUAACAGCCUGGAGGCGGCAUUAAAUUUUCUUCUCAACAGCAGUAAACAGAAACCCAUUCAGGGACCACCACCUAGAGGUAAAGGGAAGGGCCGAGGCCGAAUAAGACCUGAAGAUGAAGAAGAACUAGGAAACACCAGACCAUCUGCACCAAGCACGCUGUUUGAUUUCUUAGAAUCCAAAAUGGGUACCCUAACAGUAGAGGAGCCAAAAUUGCAAUUUCAGCCACCACAUCAAGUACAGCACAGAGUUAUGAAUACAGAACAGAAUGGCAUCAAAGAAAAUCAUUCAAGACACAUUUCUCGCAAUGACAUGAGACAACCAAGGAAUGAGAAACCCCCUCGUUUUCAAAGGGAUAUUCAAAAUUCAAGGCAGGCUUUGGAAAGUGGUGGGUUACCAAGAAACAGAGGUCCUGAAAGGCACAGCUCUUUAGAACAUUGGACAGAUGAGAAAUCUAAAAGUGACAGACAUUAUCCUAGAAAUGACAGGCCAAAGGAUUUGGGUUAUCCCUUAGCCACUCACCAGAAUGAUACUACUUUCAAAAAAAGGGAUAACAAUAUGCAAAACAGGGUAGGAAAAGGGGUGUCUUUCACAGAGUUCAAGGAGAACUCUGCUGCUCAAGAUACUACAGACAACAAUAACCAGAAACGUGGAAAAAGGGAAAACCAAAUGCACAAUUCUGAAAAUUUUUGUGAUAGGAAGGCACGAACAAUAAGUAGUGAAGCCUUUAUGGUAAAAAGUGAGCAACAUUUUGGCAUUAAUAAUGAUUACCAGAAUUCUGGUAGAACUGAUAAUUUUCAUGCUGUACCAAAUGGAGAUACUGAGCAUCAUCAGAAAGGAAGACGAGUAGGACCUAUCAAAUCAUCAGGACCCGCUACGAUUCCAUCUUUUGAUGAUAAAAUGUUGUAUUACAACACUGGUCCCAAAAGGAGAUCUGGGCCCAUCAAACCUGAGAAAGUAUUAGAACCAUCAUUUCACAUGGAGUAUGGAAAAAGUUGGAGACCGGGGGAUGAAUGUUUUGCUCUUUAUUGGGAAGACAACAAGUUCUACAGGGCAGAAAUUGAAGCUCUCCAUUCUUCUGGGACAACUGCAGUUGUUAAAUUCUGUGAUUAUGGAAAUUAUGAAGAGGUGCUUCUCAGCAACAUCAGGCCUCUUCAUGCAGACACAUGGGAGGAGGAGGAAGAAACAUAUGAACAAACUCUAGAGUUCCGCAGAGGAGGUGAUGGUCAGCCAAGACGGUCCACACGACCUACUCAACAAUUUUAUCAACCUCCAAGAGCUAGAAACUGAUUAAUAAGAAAUAAAAGAAACCUUCUUGAGUGUGGGGAAAUUCACUGGCAGCUUCAACUUACUGAAGACUUCUAGAAAUUCUGGCAUUUUCCAAGCAGCAGGAUGGAACAAAGAAAAAGCUCAUGUGAGCUGAAGGAAUUUGGACCUGACACUACAAGAGACUUUUUUAAAGUUCUUAGUUAUAUGAAGCUGAAUAAUUUUUACAUAUGAAAGAGGCAAAUUGUCAUUGCUGCCAUCAAUAAAACGACAGUGCACUAUUCUAUUCUUUGCCUUGUAUUCUUUUUACUGAGCCUCCAUUGUUAACAUAUUACUAAUGUACCAUGAUUUUUAUUCAUUUUGAAUUGAUUUUGGUUCUAAUAUUGUUUCUAGUAAAGUAAAACUUAUAUUUUCUCAAAAGCAGACACUAUUGGGCUUUUAAUUUAGGUUUUAGGCUAGCAUUAGUGAAACAUGUUAAAAAUUUUCAGCUAAUCAUUGUACAGUGAAAUUCUGAAUAGGUUUUUACUGUGUUUUCUGUUUUUUUUUUGUUGUUGUUGUUUUCUUUUUUUGUUGUUGUUGUUUUUUUUUUUUUUUUCCCAAAGUUGCUGAAGGCCAAAUUAUGAAUUUGCCUACUACGUUUCUCGUGAUCUGUGACUAAAAGGUCAAAGGGGAGGAAAAAAACACAUUGUUUUCAAUAGUCAUUUUCUAAAUAAUUUUAGGUAAAUAUUUUCUUUUUAGGAAUAUUUAUAUUACACAUAUAGAAACAUUUCUAGAAGGUACAGGAAAGUAGUUUAAAUAAAAAACACUGAAAGAUGCAUAUGAGUAUUUUAAACGUAAAUAUGUGUAUACAUGCAUACAUGUGCCACCUGUUGAUAGUAGUUUCUAACUUGUAGCUUUAAACUCUGCUUUUACUGCUUCAUAUUAUUAGAAUUUUUUCAGUUAUCAUUGAUGCUUGAAAGAAUAUUUUGUCAAACUACUUUUCAUUCUAAGCUGUAUCUGAUUCUUACGUGAUUUUGACAGUUUCUUUAGCUGAGAAGCACUCAAGAUCUAUGUACCAUGCAAAUCCUUUCUGAGCUUUAUUCUGAUGAUUUAAAUAAGAUUGAAAUAGCACAUAUGUUUUGAGGUGGUUCUUUAAAGACAGACUUUUACCUGAGAGAUAUAUUGAUGGUAUGAGUUUGACAAUUAAUUCUACUGGAUUUCUCUCUGAGUGUUCAUACAAAACUGGACAGAACCUGGUUUAUUUGGAUGAAAAGAAGUUUUAUAUUGAUGAUGUAAUUGAAUGUAUUUGCAGUACAUAAUGUGAAUUACUGUCUGAAUACAGUCAGAUCUUACCAAUCACAUAAAUAUUUGCAGAAUAAUAAGGAACCAAAUGUUUUGCUGACUUAAUGGAUCUUAAGCAGCUUCUUGAAAAUUCUAAUGCAACUCACUAAUAAUUCUAAAGAAAUUCAGAAGCUUAAAAUACGAGCUGUACAAUGUUGAAGUUCUUCACUAUCAACUGACACACAACAAAUUCUAAGAAGUUUGUUCAAUUUAAGUUAGAAACUACUUUCCAAAUACUAUGAAUCAUCCUGGUCAGUUCUGCUAAAUUGUACCAGCAAAUAAAUAAAUUGUAGAUCUAA